UCCAUGUCAAGUUGUAAGCCAACAGGAAUUUUAUUCAUGUGCUGUGUGUAGUGUAUUUUUAGCCUGUUUAUGAAGGAGGUGAUUCCAAGAGGGCAGAAUCUUGUGCUCUUGAGGUGAGGGCAAAGCAUCCUUUGUACAGAGGCUCAUUUGUUACAACCUAUACCAAUUUGCUAUAUGUUAACUAUUUCCAUGAUGCGCAUUUGUGUUUAUAUAGCCAAGGUAUAUAUUAAUUGCUUUUGUUUUUUAAUGACAUUUGCACAUGAUCUCAGGGAGGGAGUAAAAGGGAACUCUGAAAACUGAGGUGAUUAUUAUUUUAAACGAUGCACUUGCUCAGUUUGCAGAAAUAGCACGCAAACGAAGCAAAGAACUGCGAGAUGCGGAUUUGGGGGCGAGGGGAGGAAAUGGAUGAGAAAAUCCGUAAGAUUUUCGCAGGUAUCAUAAGACUCUGCAACGGGAACUUUUUGCAAGUAGCCUAUCCCAAAGAUAGCCUGGCAACACACGAGGCGCGUGCCGCCGCGCGUGCGAUACGUUAUCGUUACUAUUUACUGUUUUGUCAAAUUAUUAUUGUUGUCGUUGUGUCUAUAUUUUUAUGUGUUUGCCCAAUCGCCGUUGUUGUGGGGGUCGGUUGUGCGGUUUUGGCGGGAGACGAGAGCAGCCUCGGCGCGUGCCUCGCCCGCCCGCCUCUGCCUCGACGGCAGCGGCGGCCCCGCGGGUGAUUGACGGCGGCGGCCGUUGGGGGAGGAAAAAAAAAGCCGCCGGUCCCUCGCGCCGUCCGUCCGUCCGUUGGGCCGUCCUGAGGCGGGGGCCAUGGGGGCAGGAAACGAGUGAAAGGAAAGGGGAAAGAAGGAGGGGUGUCUCGCUCUGAGGUGCGCGCGAGGCCUCGCCGCCCGUUUCUUCCUCCUCAGAAGCGCCAUGGAGGACCCGCUGCUGUCGGCGGCGCCCAUCAACCCCAACAACUUCCCGGCCAAGCUGUGGCGGCUGGUGAACAGCCCGCGCUUCCGCUCCAUCCGCUGGGACGCCCGCGGCGAAGGGCUCCUCAUUGACCAGCCCUUGUUCGAGGCGGAGCUCCUGGGCGCCGGGGGAGGAGGAGCAGGAGGAGGAGGAGCCGGGGGAGGCGCGGCGGUGGCGGCCGUUGGGGGAGGAGGCCCAGGAGGCGAUGGAGGCGGCGCCUCGGCCUCGUCGUCGUGCGUCCCCUCAGGGCCGCCAGCCUCCCCGGAGCUAUUCAAGACCACCAACUUCACCAGCUUCAUCCGCCAGCUCAACCUGUACGGCUUCCGAAAAGUGGUGCUGGGCCCGCCCGGAGGGGGAGGCGGAGGCGGGUCGGCCUCCUCUUCUUCGGCCUCCUCCUCUUCCCCGGCUUCGUCGUCGUCCUCGGCCCCCGGCGGCCCUUUGCACCAUUUCCACAGCCCGCACUUCCGCCGCGACCGGCCCGACCUGCUGGUGCACCUCAAGCGCCUGACCAGCGCCAACAAAGCCAAGCUGGCCGCCGGGCUGGAGGUCACCAGCCGCCCGCCCAACCGCUUCCAGCGCCUCCUCAGCACUUCCCUGCACGGCGGGGAGGCCCUCCUGGCGCAGCAGCACCAGCACCACCAGCAGCACAACAGCCCCGCGGGGCAGGCCGCCGCCGCCGUGGCAGCAGCAGCAGCCGCUUCCGCCGCCGGGGCGGCCGCCAAGAGCAGCGACAACAAGCCCGGUGAGAGAGACGGCGCGACGCAGCAGCAGCUCCUGCAAGACCAGAAGGCUCUGGAGCACGUGCAGAGUAACCACAGCCUGUCAAGGGGAAGAGGGGCCGUCGAAAGAGCCUCCAGGGUUCAACCUCACACCCCCACCCACCCACAAAAAAAGCAUUUAGUUUAUUGAACAAGGGCAGCAAAAAGCUUUGUGGCACCCAUUUUAUGGAUCUCUAGGCAGCAGUCCUAGCUCUAUUUACCUAGGAGUGAGCUCUGUGGGAUUCAGUAGAGCUUACUUCUGAGUAGACAAAUUGCUUACAGACUGCUUCAAUAGUUAAAAAUCCCAGUGCGCUGUGCAAAAGAAUGAAAAGCAUUCAAUGCAUGUUUUAAAAAACACCAAUAUAAAAUAACAGCGUAAAAUAAAAGUUAUCUGUCACCAGUAAUAUAUAGGCCAGGUAAAUAGAAAAGGCUUAGAUGGAGCGAAGACAUUUUUAGCAUAUGUAGCUGGCAUGUGCCUUAGUUCCAAAUAUGAAUUAGCUAAAGAUGAAGCUUAAAAUUGAAAAAAGGCAUAAACAUUCUGCUUCAACAGAAUCACCAAGUGUUGCCCACAGUUGACAGUUCUGUCAAUGUGUAGAUUACACAUACGUAUAUGGUCACACAGGAUGGAAGUUCAUGUCAUAAUAAAUAUACUAGCCUUUAAGGUGCCACAAAACUUGGUCUGCUGCAGAAACAACACACAGUGACACCCCCCCCCCCGGUUCUUAGCAGCUCAUGGAGAGCUGCUGCCACUCAAAAUACACAGAAUUGGACUGUAUGUUCAUGGCCCCUUACAGCAAAAUUCACUUUCAUUUUUACAUGAAAACUUCUAGUCCCACAUAAUGGUUGGAUGUGUGAAUGUGGAUGCAGUUACUCAGUGCUGAUGUGGAAUGCAUAUGACAGGCAUGCACCAGAGUUUAGUUCUAACAUUCAGAUUUAAGCACCCUAUGAACACCUCCCACAAGUUGAAAGCACCUUGGUACCACAUGUGGACAUAGUUCCAUUCAUACACAUGCCUCUGCCCAAUUUCCUAGGGUAUGAAAAUAGACACUCUUGAAAUUCAUCUAGCCUCUUUUCAAGUAAUCAUGCCAUUCACUUCAGUUCUAACAUUCUCUGAAACAGCCUUUUGGUCCAGAUUAAACCUCAUCCUCCGGAUCUAUAAUCACAAAAACGCUUGUCUGAAUCUCUCACUGCGUCCAUAUGUACUGACUCAAAGGGCAGGAGGAAAAUCCAUUUUGUUACCAUCUUAAGCUAUCCAGCUUCUGAGUACCAUAGGGAAGUUCAGAUACCUCCACAAGCAUCUAGUUUAUAUUAACUAAAAUUAAACACGCAACCUCAGAAAACAAGAUCACAGGAUAUUCACAAAGUCAUAUUCCAGAAGGUUGCUGGUGGUAGCAGGUGCUCUUAUCUCCUCCCCUCUCCCACUCCACGUGUUUCAGCUCUGCAAUGCCUUAGCUGAGAAGACUCCUCCCACCACAAACUCCAUCUACAUUACUGUUGCAUUCAUUGCAAUAGAGAUGUGGGGCAGGAUUCUCUUCUAGUGCAAAUCAGUGCAGAAUAACUCCCCGUUCAUGAUACUAUCCUAUUGCAUAAUGCAUAUACUGUAAAUUUCAAGUUUGCUUUCCUCAAAGGACAAUGGAAAAUAAAGAACCUGUGAUCCUAGUCAGGACUACAAUUUAUUAAUUUUUUUUUUAGGAGAGACAGGUGGUUAAGUGGACUGAAUUUUGCUGCGUAGAUAGGCUCACAAAUACAUUUUAUCUGCUCCCGACAUUUAGGGCAAGUUUGCACCAGCUCAUUUUGUACACUAGUUGUCGCUAUAUACUGCAAUUAGCUGGUGCAGUUUGCAUCUUAUAUCACUCGGUGUCCCCCCCCCCCAAGAAAAAGUAGAGCACCUUUAUAAAGAAGAAUUGACUCCUACAAUGCCCCAUGAGCAAAUCAGGUGUUGCUAAACAAAUUGGACUAUUUCUUAUCCUAGCCAUUGUCUCACUCUUUCUUUACUACUUUCCUCAGCCCAAGGAAUAAUGAUAUUUUUAUAGACGCUACAACUAAGCAACUUUCACAAGCCUCUCCUCUUUUGCAUACCCAGUAGGUUCAAAAAUGACUGCACAUUAUUUCGAGCCCUAGCCCCAAACCCAAAGAGGAGGUUGUGUAGCUGAUGGUCCUACUAGGUUAAUGAGACAAAAGGAAAGGAAACAGGAGGCAAAACAUUGGGUUGGAGAUUGUCCUUCCUCCAUUUUUAACACAAUAUACAUUUUUAAUUGAUAAUCUAUCCUCCCCCCAGCUCUGCCUGAGGAGGAAAUGUAUAAACAUCACAAAUGGGUGAAAGUACUGCUAACCUCUGCAGGGAGAUAAAGAAAGGCCCACCCUUUAGAAUUGCAGUGCAUUUGCCUGAGAUAUACACCUUAUAGACUCUUCACACAACACACAAUUCCUACACAAAUAUCACAUCCAUACAAGAAAAGCCCACAAAUACAAUAGAAUGUGACAAAUAGGAAACAAAUUUAUUUAAAACAUUAAUACACUUAGCCUCAGUUUAGCUCAGGGAGGUGAACAACAAUGAAUUAAAGCAAUGUUAACUGUUUUAACAGUGGAAAUGCUGAAGCAGCAGGUUGCCAUUAAAAAUAUUUUAACUAGAGAUCCUAUAGGAAUAAAAAUAAAAAUACAAGGACAACUUCUCAAGGUCAAAAAACUUUCCUGAAGAGGGUUUUAUCCAUCAGUAGAAGGCCAUUAAAAAGCAGGAAAAACUAGCCUUUCAGAGGUAGUUCCAGGGUGUGAGUGCAGCCACUAAAAAACCCCACUCCCUGAUCACAGCUAAGCAAACUGGGAACUUUCAGGUGAAUACGAGGCUUCUGUAAGCAGGCAGGUUUUUACAUGAGAAGGCAGUUGUUCAGAAAUCCUGGUCCCAAAUCGUGAACAGCUUUAAUUGUCAUCACCAGCACAUUGAUUUGGGUCCAGAAAUAAAUUGGAAGCCAGUGCAAUUGUUUCAGUAAAGGAUUUAUGCCCUCCCAACAGAUGCAAUCCCCUUGCACCCACCCUGGUUAACAACCUGGCCAGAGACUUAUGGUAGUUUCCAUGCACUUCUCAAAGGCAGCUCCAAUAAUCUAGACAUGAUAUAAGUAAGGUAUGUGUCACCAUGGCCAGCUCUGCAGUCUCAAGGAACAGACGUAGUGUAUCAGCUGACAGUAAUUGAUCUAUGGUUUACACUAUUAUAAUGUAUUUUGUGUGCAGUUGCCUUUGAAAUAAGUUUGGAAACUCUGGUUAGUUUAAAAAAACCAAACAGCUGUCAGUCUGCUAACUGGGAGAGAGUUAUAAUAAGAGCUCUGCCUCAUGAGACUGAAGGCCUAUCUAGUCCAGCAUUCUGUUCUCUCAGCGGCCUACCAGAUGCCUUUAAGAAGCCCACAAGCAGAAGAUGAGUGCAACAGCACUUUAUUGAUUUGUGAUUCCCUGGCAGCCAGCAGUUGGUAUUCAGGGACAUACAUAGUCUGAAUGGCCUGGUCUGUUUCUAGACCCAGCUCUGCAUACUGGUGCUUACCUUUAGAGCCCUUCAGGGUUUGAGACUGUAAAUAAUAAUAAUAAUAUAGCAAGUGGCAACCAGAGAAAGGGAUGAUAGUGUCCCAUUUCCAAGGUAUGCCUACUAAAGAUGCUCUCCUGGCUUUCCACGCUGAUGCUGUUUUAGCGUUAGUUAAAGCUCUUUCUUAGUUAUUUUAAUUGUGAAUAUUAAUUUCUGGUUAGUUUUUAUUUGCUCUUCUGUUUCUUUUAGAUUUUAUUGGGUUUUCGUUUCUUUAUUUUAAAAUUUAAUAACAAUAGUGUGUAUAUUUGUUAUAAACUUCCCAGGGAUCUUUUUGGGGUGCAGGACACAAAUACCUUAAUAUAUAAAUGAAAACUAUGCAAGGAGCCCCCAUCACACUGCACUCCUCCAGUUUCAAUUUGCACAUAUAAUUUAAAAGAGUUUGCAACAAUGAUGUGGCAGUAAAGUCAGGCUAUUGGCAUCAUAGUCCUGCCUGCUAUCUAAAUGGCAUCUUCUGAUUCUGAACUGGAAAUUCAGGCUGUGUAUCCCUCUAAAGUUUAAACUUUGUAGUGAGAUUCUGGACGUACUUUGAUGCGAAAAACAGUAAGGGCUCACAGUUAAAUCCUGGAUCAGGGCUGUACAUAUGGAUAGAUAAAUAUGUCAAUUUCAGUUUCUCAUUUUUCCAAUCUUAAAUCCAGUUCACAUUUCUGCAGCAAUUUUUUUUUUUAUAAUCCUCAAGAAAAUGUGUCAGCUAUUAUUGUGAAUUUCUCACAAUAAGCACAUUUCUGCAUGCAGUUUUGACUAUUUUUUUUGCAAGCAGUUUCCCAGAUGCAGAAUAUGUUUUUUGUAUGUUAUUUUCAGUAAUAAAUGCAUUUUUGUGCACACUUCCCCCAAACUCAGCAAAUACAAUAGAAAUAAAAAUCAUAAAAAUCUUUAAAUCAGAAAUAAUUUAAAAUGCUUGCUGAAAUAAAAAAAGGUCUUGCUCUUUGUAAUAUUUUAAUUAUAGCUAAUAUUGAGGUAGCUACUGUUUUAUGCUUGUUAAUAAUCCAGUAAAUACUUUCUUUCCCUCCCCCUAUGCAGCACCGCUGACUUUAGGACAGUUUCACCGGUCUUUUCGGCGAGAUAAUUUAUCUCCAUACUCAUACCUGUCACCAUCAUCUCACAACCAAAAUACCUUCCCACUGAAAGGUUCAGAACGGACUCCUCUUCCUCCAAGAACAUGGCAGAACUCCCUUGGGAUGCUCCCAGGGCAGGUGGAGACAUCAACUUUUUCUGACAAAGGAGUUCCAUUUCCUGUGCUCCAGAGGUUUCCAACUGAGGUAACUUACACUCUGCAGCCCAGCGCUACCUCAGUGCACAUUCAGCAAGGACCACAGACGAUUGCUGCAUCAUCCCAGAAAUAUACCAGUUACGCAGCUUCAGCACCAUACUCCCAAGCUUACUACCCAACAGGUAACCUGAUCUAGGUAUUUCAGAAAACAACAACAUACAAGUGUGCUUUAAUGCAGGGUGGGCAGAAAGCAAAUGGUAGAUAACCGGAUUAUUCAGACUAGAUUGGGAAGAGUUUCUGACUCCCAGUUGUUUAACAAUAGCAAGAGCAGACCGCCGCUCUCCUCACCUUAAAAAAAAAAAAGCCUGUUAGAAGCUCUGAUCUGUAGUAAUUCAGAUAUAGAAUGAUACUUACGUAGGGUAUUCAAGUGUAGGGCUCAUGGAUUAUAGGGUAAACCAUUUACUCUGCCCCAUGAGCCACUACUUUGAAUCUGGCUUCCUUCACAGGCACAAUUUUGUACCUUUAUCUAGUUGCAGGACAUUCAUUUGGUGGAUUUCUCAUCAAAGUAAAUUCCACAAGCCUAAUGUCUGUCCAGGAUGAAUAUAUAUUAUGUAUUGUGGGAAGAAGAAAAUGAAAAUAAAGUAAAUCCAUUUUGCUUUUCCGUCUUGGUCCAAACCCUAAACAAAUGCUUGAAUUUUUUCCAAAAGAUACAUCCUGUUUGAACAGUGCUUGGCCCUUUAUACAAGACUUAUAUCACUGCAUUUGAACACUGGAGAGUUAAGUAGGCUUUCUCUGUAUUAAACAGGUUUUUUAGUACUAGACUGGCAUUAGUUAAAAGGUACAGGUCAUUGUGGAUUAUUUUUUAUCUCAUAGUCCCAUCCACUGUCCUCAUUAUAUAUUUUGGAAGGAAACUUGUGACACUGUUGUAGGGCAUUUAGGGUGGAAUCAUCCUUCCUCAUUUUCUAUUUUUUUGCAGUCCAUCCACACAACAUCGUUACCAAUCUUCUUAUUUUCCUGGAGGCUUUUCUUAUGGCUAUUUGAAAAAUGGUUCAUUGUGCUCCUUUUUCAUCUUUUCAAAAGUUGUGGUUUAAUUGCUUAUAGUGGGCAGAGGAAUCUAUCACCAUUUUUCAUAUCUGCUGCAAUUGUUUUCUGGUGUAUGGGUUGGGAACGCUGUAUUGGUGCUGCUUUCCCAGUAGGGAGACAAACUUCAACUGAUCAGUGUUCCUGGAUGUAUUCAGAUCUUACCACAAUGGCGCACAACCAGAUUCAGAAGAAGGAAUAUAUAAAGUGAAGUGACCUCUGAAAUACAGUGGACAUUAUGUGAAUAAUGUUGUGCAUAUACAAUAUAAUAUGUUACAUAUGGGCAGAGAGACAAAAGUAUGAACUUAACAAAAAUAUCACAACAGAAGGACAGAAAAAAUUAGAUACUCUAAACAAAGUGUAUGGCCACUAAGGAACAGGCUUGGCUUAUGGCUCUUCCUUUGUUCACCUGAAAAUUAUGUUGCAAUACUUCCCAACUUUGCCCCCCAUUGUUUAAUUCAUUCAUUCAAUAAUGGGGGGAAAGUUUGUAUGCACAGAUCAGCUCUUGUGGGAACAAAAAAAGGAUGCUUCACUUGGAACAGAUUCAUCUACUAAUUGGAAGCAUACAUGCAGAACAAUCUGGCUUACACAUCCCUCUGCAGCAGGCUUGUUUGGAUGAGUCCCAAGAAGAGCAGCAGGUACGCAGCCGUCUCUUCUUGUGGCUUCCUUGCUAAGAUUGGGUUUUAGGUACCACUACUGGAGCCAGGUUGGGACAGAUAGAUCUGACCUAUGGGACACAAUUUAUUGUAGAAAUGUUGUGCAAACCAGCCCUGAGUCUGGUUAAUCACCAUUCUUGUGCUUGGAAGGUGUUUUUCUGGGUCAUAUAGAGAAGUAACCCCCAUGGGGUCUUUUUUGCCAAUAUUCAGAGCAUGGUGCUUGGGCUAUCUACAUGAGGUUUUACCUGCAGCAGGCACCUCUAGCCUAGAUUCAUUACUUGCCUCUUAUUUGGAGUGCAUUACAGCCUGCCAUUCCAGCAGUGAACUGAUUUCAUUUUAGUUUGGAUGAGACAAGCAGUUCUUUAAAUUUUAGAGCUUUUGUUUACAACACAAUAAGUUUGCAAUUGCCACUCAUUUGUUGGGAGAGUAUGGAUCCUGAUAUAUCUUGAGGGUUUUUCCGGUCCUAGUUACAAUAGUAGGAAAAUGUAAUUGCCCCUUGAGCUGGUACCACACUUGUGAACAUAAGUUGGUUGCCAAAUUACAGCAACUGCCCUGUGGGAAGGGGCCUCUGGUGCCUGCUCCUGCUCCAGUGAGGCUGGUGUGGUUCUUGGGUCACCUCCAAACUGUUCGUUUUCUGAAGGGAUUCAAGCACAUACCAGAAAAUUUGGGUUUGCACAAGUAAAGUGGAUUAAAGGGCUCUCUUGCCCCAGUGAGAGAAAUCCACUUAAAAAAAAAUAAAGCUGACUUUUUGCAGAUGGAAAAGUGAUGGGAAAAUGUGUGGGAUGAACACGGGAUUAACAGGCAACACCUCACAAGCAGAUCAAAAUGAGUUUUCAAUGUUCUAUAGCCUCUCUGCAAAAUCAGAACUCGGAACCAAUAAAGACUUUAUAUAGUCUAGCCUCCAUGUAAGCUUUGUGCAAGCAAAUGUGGAAGAGCUCUGUUGUAUUUUAUAAGUGCUGUUAGCCACCUUGAGGACACUAGUGAAAAAGCAACUUAAAAAAUAAUACAUGAGUGCAGCGUGGAAUUUAUUUGUUUAACAAAAUUUAUGUAAAACCAAAGAAACAUCAAAGUAGUUUACAAAAAAUUGGAAUACGGUUGCAUGAUUGUUAUAUACCUUUUAAAGUGUGCUUUGUAAGAUCACCGCGAAAAGCAGUACAAAUCCAUACUCACUCAUCCCACUGGCUGAUGUCCUAAAUAAGUUUUAUCAUUUAUGUUCAUGUAUGGUGUGAAUGUCUUCUAAAUUAAGAAAGAAAACUGCAAACAAAAUAAGAUAGACAUUUAUUCAUACGUCAAAAUCUAGACGUUGUUGAGCAGGACCAUAUACUUUUCAGUAGAGCAUGGGAUUUUUAAAACGGAAAUAGUAGCAAACAUCAGCAAAGCUAUUCUCUCUUUUGGCAAGAGUACCCUGCUAUUUUUGAAACCCUGUGUUUUUGCUUUCUAUGUACGUCUUUGCCAAGCUGUGCAUUCCUCCUCUUUUAAUACCUCUCUGAAACCAGACUGUUCCUUCUCCAUUAUGUGCAGAUAGAAUAUUGCAUUUUUGUGCUAGUUUGGAGCUAGUAGAACAAUAGUAUGUAUUUAAAAAUACAAUCCAGAGGGGUUUAUUAAUGGUUGGGAAAGUUUAUUAUUAUUAUUUUACCUUUUCUUCCCCUUUCCAGCUGUAUUACAGUGUUGCUCUCCACCUACCCACAUGGAUCCCUUAAGUGGCUGUGCUAGUCCUACUGCCUCAACCUAUACACACUGCAGUUAUUUUCAGGUGAGUCAAAUAAGCAGGUACAUUGGCCAUGAUUUAAUGAGCCACUUUAGGCAUACCUAAUGCAAUAUUUGACUUUGAAGAGCAGACUCUUUUGAUGUGCACAUCGCAAACUGUUUUUGAAGUUGUACUCUGCUUCAAAAGUGACUUGCUAUAUGCCAGAGAGGAGAUGCAGAUUGAGAAACACAAGACCAAAGCUUCCUUGGUCACACAAAACAAAUUGAACAUGUCUUUGGAUCAUAGCCCGUGUAUCAAAAGAGUUUCAUUCUGGUUCGCUACUUCAGCUACAUAUCAAUGCAUAAGAAACGUUGUUUUGCAAAAUUGAAAAAUAAAUGGAAAGAAAACACUUCAUAUAAUCAGAGAGCUGGAAGGGACAUUGUAGGUUAUCAAGUCAAUGUAAGAUCUGCAAUGAAAGAGACAACUACAGCAUCCUUGACAGACGUCCAUCCAGUCUCUGCUUAAAAUGAAAGAAUAGUAUGUGAACUCUUUACAUUGUUUUGGAGCCAAAUGACUGAUAUAAACAAGUACUCACAAAUAACUAUUUAAGUUUGAAAGAGAAGUAAAAUUACUUUUCCUUUUAAAAUCAUUUUCUUCUAAAAUCGUUUUGCCUUACAAAAACCUUAACUAAAACUGUCUUUUGUUUUAGAAACAUUUUGUCUGAGGCCUUGUUAUUCACCCCAUGUCUCAUUGCCAUACCACUUUACCCACUAUAGGGAGUAGGAUGGGUCAGUUAAAGUCCAGAAGGCUAAAGGGCUGUUUAGUGGAGGCAGCCAGAAGAUACACACACACACACACACACACACACACACACACACACCACACACACUUACUUGGUGGAGAUACACCCCCCCACACACACACACUUGGUGGGCUUGGCUUGGCUUGGCUGUUUACCUCUCUUCUCUCACAGUGCAGGCCACAAUCCUUUCCAUCUGAUGUGUUCAUGGUAUUGAAAUAAAACAUUUUUGUUUUUAAUGAACAUCAAAAAUGCAGCAGCUCAGUGGUAGAACACCUCAUUGAAAAGUUAUCAGGUUCAAUCCCCAGCUUCUCCAGCUAAAUCUUUGUAAAUCAGCAGCAGCCGCAUCAUCAUCAUCUCGAUGCACCAGGGUAUCUGACAUAGUAUAAGAAGCUUUCCGUGUUCAUAUGUUCCUAACCCAAAAGGCAUUAAUAAUGCUUCAUGCCCCUUGUCUGCUCCAUACUUAUAAAUUACACCUCAUUAGACAAGGCGUAUUGUUCAUUUGGUUGGACAAAUGGAAGUGUUUGAAGUAUUAAGCCAAACCAGAAUGAUAAUGUUAACAUGGUUUUAAUGCAUGUUUGUAUGUGAUUUGGUGGCAUUUAACAUUGUUUGUGGAGGGCCCAGUUGACAUUGUUGAAAGAGCAUAAUGUAUAUGCCAAAAACAAAUAGAUAAAUGGAAUAAAUAUAUUUGUUGCCUUUACCUUGCCAGAACCCACCAAUGCAAUCUUCAUACCCUGUUGAAUUUCUACCUUCUAACUGGUCCUGCAACACCUCUGAUGAAAACAAGAAGACAGAAGUAAACUUGGAGGCUGUCUUCCAGAUUGUAGAUGAGAUGCAUUCAUCCCCCAAGUUGGAAAUGGUGAAGGUGGAACCAGUGGAGAGCCAGUGUCCUACUUCACAGCCAAACCGAGGCCAGCAGUUACUAGUUAAUCCAGGGAACAAUGAUGCACCUUCUUCAGGCCAAGCUAGCCACCUAGAACCUCUGACACCUGUGGGCUCAGAUAUUACAUCCUUUGUGGUGGAAUCAGAGCAAGCUAUAGCAUGCUCCUUGCCGCAGUCUCCUGAGUUUAUUUACACUAUCCACACCACUGAACCAGUGGAGAAUACUACAGCGCAAAUAGUGCAGCAGCCUGCAGCCACGCAGCCAACACCAGCAAAGCUGAAAGAACAGCUGAACCAAUCUUCAGCACAAUCUUCCAUGGUGUUUGUACAGGAGGAACUUCCCUUCAGUCAGCCGCAGGUAUGGUGUAAUGCAGUGCAAAGGGGUACGACAUUCUGCAGUGAUAACCUAGCCUGAAUAUUUUUAUGUGACAAACCAAUAUUUAUAUUACUACCAGUAUAACUUAUAUUUACAGCAUUGUUCAUUUUCCAAAGUUAUAAACAUAAAUAUUCCAUAUUGCAUGUCACAUAGACUAUUUAGAUCACUGUAUAGCUUUUGCUGAGAGACGUAAUGCAGAAAGCUAGUGUGGUAUAGUGGUUAGUGGGCUAAGACUGGGGAGACUUAAGUUCAAGUCCCCACUCAGCCAGAAAGCUCUCACUGGUUGACCUUGAGACAAUCCUUUUCUCUCAGUCCAAUCUUGCUCACAAAAUUCUGAGUACAUAUAAGAUAGGGUGUAGGGAAAACCCUAGUCACUUUCUUGGUCUCCUUAAAGUAAGGGCAGGAUAUAAAUGUUUCAAAUAAAUAAUAUGGUGUAAAGUAACAUCUUCAAAGGACUGUUAAAAGGACAUUUAUGUGAACACUUCAUGGGAGAUUUUUUGUGCAUUUUUUUAAGGAGGAUCCCAGUAUCAAGUGUCAGACAAAUCCAUCAGAGACAGUUGUGUCUUCAGAGCAGAUAGGAUUCCUCCUUUCGGAGGUGGGUCCUCUCAGCAAAUGUGCCAAAGAUUCAGUUUCCUCCAUCCAAACCAAAUGCAGAGAAAGAAGGAGCAGUUCACAGAAAGGCAAAUCCCCUGGUAAGAAUGGCAGGCUUUAAGGAUUUGUUGAAAUAAAUGUAUUGCUGUGCACCACCUCAAUCUCUGAGCUGUGUGAAAUUCCUGGGCUUCCAGGUGCUUACCCAGGAGUUGUGCUUUCUUUUGGAAACGAGGCACAGCAGAGACUGAAGUGUCUUUAUGAUAUAUGGUUUAUUUACACAUAUAUACAACCAGAGCCUUCAAUGGAAGGGUUAACAGUAUUAGCACCCCAAGAGGUUUUUGUUUCUCCCAUAGCCACAGGCUUGGAUUUAAACAGACACCAAACAUUGCUUUUGACUCUCUUUCUAGCUUGCUGCUUUUCUUCUAGGUCACACCCCUCCUAAACUCUAAAUUCUGGUUUUAUCUGUUGAGGGAGGGGCCCCCAACCAUUUGUGUCUCCCACGGAGCCCCUAAGCCCCCUUAAGCCUCUUUAACAGCUCAUCACACAGGCCAUCACCUCACAGGAAGCUAGGUUGGCUUGAUUAGAUUUUAACAUUUGAUGGAUAUAGGGAUUAAUGGGGUCUGGUACCCAUAAACUCAAAGCAGUUUUUAUACUGCUUUGGAAUGUGUACCAGCCAUAAGAUUUGACUGUUGCUUUGUAUCUCUCAGGACUGAAUUAGAUUUGUUAAAACUGAGGGUGUUGUGUUCUCCACACUCACUAUAAUGUCACCUCUAAAAAUGGCUAUACCUUUCCCCCCGUUUUUAUUGAACUGAGUAAAAUUUGCAGACAUAGCAGAUCAUCCAGGGGUUUUGUGCAGAGCACCUUUAAACUUUGAUUUUUUAAAACAAAGGGAAAGUCUACAUUUUCAUUUUCUGCCAUAAUUGAAUGCAAUUUGCAGGUAUGGUCACCCCUUCUGAGGGAAUGGAGCCUGCCUAAUUUCACAAUGAUGGCUGUAGUGAUUCUCCUGCAAGGACAGAAUUUACCAUUUUGGGGCGGGUACAUAGGGGAUGAAGUGGGAUGGUGGUGGAAGAAAGAGCAUAUAUCCCUAGGAAUGGGGUGGGCAUGUAUCACACCCCAGCAAGGGCUCAGUGUUAAAGAUGGUUAGCGCUAACAAGAGUUUAUUCAUAAUCAAGGUGUGAUGCUGGUUAAUAAUCCUGGUUAGAGAAUGCAUCAUGAUUAACCUUGGUUCCAGUGUAACCUUUAACAGUGAUCAGAGUGACUGAGGAAGACAUUAAACAUGAGAGGCAAGCAGGUAGGGGAGGGAGUGUAGGAUCUGCUGACCUGCUGCUGAUCACUGGACAAUGAUUAAGGGACAGAGUUAAAUCUCUGUUUGCCCUGUCAGUAAUACAUUUUUAACAUGAAUCACAUUGUAGAUGAGUAGGGGAGAACUACAUGUUACAUUACACUCUUGUGUCAUGAAAUCCUGAUCCUUUGCAGAGCAAACCCUGGAAGGCGUGCACUGCACUAGACAAGGGUUUGGCAAAAAGGAAGAGCUCCAUCAUUCUCUGGGACUCUGCUCAUGCAGAAGUUGUUGUUUAAUUUAUGAAUGACCUUUUGCAAGUGUUUCAAGGCAGUUAAUAAAUAUGCCAUAAAUACUGCUAAACAAAUUUAAACCACACAAAACAACUAAAUAUAGAUUUUAAAAUAAUACAAACUGGGCAACUGGACUGAGAUCUUUUGAUUCAGAAACAAAAAUAUCUUGAAGUUCUUCUAGAAUGUACAGACCCUGCGUACCUCUUGUGUGCUGUUCCACAGAACAGGGGCAGCUGCCCUGAAAGCCUUGCUCUAAGUUACUACUGAGUGGGCUGGCUGGAUAGCUCAGCUGGUUAGAGUGUAAGCUUCUGUUACUGCUGCCAGUGCUCUGGAACCAUUUUAAAUUUCCUGACAUGGGGCUUGAAUCUCCCAAGGAUAAAGGCAGGUAUUGGUGGGUGAGUUUCAUGUGGAAAGUAACUGGCAAGGGAAGGCCUGAGCACGCAUUUCUGCCUCUUAAGAUGUAGCACGCAUUUCCAGUGCCCUCCAAAGCAGAUAUUGAAUUGCCCUUUCCAUUCCUCCUAGAUCUACAUCUGCUAGUGGAUGUGGCUUGCAAACAAGAACAUUUUCCAAAGGAAGAAGAAUUAAGGGAGUGAGAACUUGGUGGAAACUGUGUGCAAAUGCUGAGUAGUGGCCAGCUGGGGAAGAGCAGUGCCUUUCACUCCAAAAGGACUUUGGAUACUUUUACUUCGUUAUUAACAAAGCACUCUCCUUAUCUGGUCAUUUUUGUUUCACAUGUAAAUAGUCCCGUCAUUGUUUUUAUUAUACCUCUUUCAUAGGUUUAAAUAUUUUUUCUGGUCAAUUUCUCCUGAUUUAUUUGCCCAAAAUCUUUAAAAGUAGAAAACAUGGUCUCUUGAUAAACAGGAAAACUUAACAUCCUCAGGGAGCUGUUCCAGUUGCAGAAUGUUCUUUGUUUUGCACUGGAAUGUCUACACUGUGUUGUAGCAAACAGCAGCAGCAACUUCUCCCACCCUUAGGACUGUUUAAAAUUCAUUUGGAGAGCAUUUAAAGGUGGAGGGUUUUCCAAAACGAACAGAACUCAAAGGAACUUGAGGUCUCAAAAUCUGAGGUCCAAAUUGGUCAUUAAUUCUAGAAAGGCACUCAGAAUGAUGAGCUCAUAUUCUAGGUGAUUGCACAGGGAGUUUUCUUCUUUUUUGCAUCUGUUCCUUUUCAACAGCAAAUAUUAUCUUGUCUAAGAGAACAGCUGCUGCAUAUUUUAUGUUAAUGUAGCAUUCUUGGGUUUUAAUAAUUUCCUCAUUCUAGAGGCACUUUAUAAUAAUUAGUUAAGGCAAUUGUUAUUUUACUAUAUUGCUUAGUUUAAAUAUAUCUUCUCAGGCUAUUUUAACUUGUUUAACGUAAUUAUAUUUAUUGAUAAUAUAUGUUAAAGAGCCAUGUCUUUGCACUCCUAUUUAUUUGUGUUGUAAGUAUAUUGGUAUAUAUGUGUGUGUGUUUGUGUGUGAAUGAUGUAGCACGGUGAGAAUGUGCUUUAAGCUAGUUCACUCAUAUUUUCAGUGUCAAAUUCUGCAACUGUGAAAAAUGCACAAGAAAGUACUUGAAAAAAGCAGAGAGAACAAACAGAUCUGCAGCUUAUUGCUCUCUUACAUUCGUUAUCUCCCAGUACCCAUGUGAACAGCAGGAUGAACCAAGGUCAGAUGUACAUACUCGGCUGGAGCCUCAUAUUAGACAGAGAUCUUAAUGUUAUGUCUUUUCCUUCAGAAAUGCCAUUGCAUAUCUUACCAGAUAUUUUGAAUACUUUGAGAUAGCCCUCAAUUAGUCUUCUGCAACCUUGUUUGUCCAUCUUGAAAUUCAGUAUUAUUUUAAAACAAGCAGGUCAAAUUGAGCUGGGAAAUGCUAUUGUAAUCAGGGACUAUCUAGCAGAGUCUCUAUGAGAUGCUGAAACUGAAUGGUAAGAGUUGUAGUAGUCAUGUUCCUUGAAUCCAAAAUAGCUUAGCGAUGGGUGUUUGGUGCCAGACUAGUAUUGAUCCAUAUUAAUGCGGGCAAAGCUGAUUUUUUAACACUCCUUCAUAGGAUUAUUCCAAAAUAUCUCUAGUAGUCAUUUAUGAGCAAUCAGUAAAGUAAGAGCUUUCACAUGGGUCUGCAGUUUUAAAGCGGAAUUAGGAAAUUGUAGUAUUUAUUAUCUUUCUCCUGUCCAUGAGCUAAUCGAAACAAAGAGGCCAAGGAGCUGGAUCUCCUGCCAUAUUUAUAGGCACAAUUAUUUAAUUUUACUGGCUCUUGAGCAUUUGUAAGAUAGCAAAAGAGAAAGGACAUUCACACUGUCUAAAGAAAUCUGCUUAGAAAUCUGCACAGUAUCGCUGAAACUAAUAGAACAGGGUUAACUCUCCAGAACAGUCUUCUCAGUGUUUCCACAGUUUUAGCCCUAAUGUAUGUAGUCAAUAAACAAUAAAGUGCCCACUCC